GGCCGGAGAAUCACUUGAAGUUGGAAGGUAGAGGUUGCAGUGAGCCAAGAUCGUGCCACUGCACUCCAGCCUGGGUGAAAGAGUGAAACUCCAACUCAAAAAAAAAAAAAAAAAAAAAGGAACCACCAUAAUCAGGCUUAUGUUUUGGAUAUUUGACUCUAUUGUUAGUGUAGGGCAUGCACCGGAGGGAGAGGAGGAAGCUGGAGGUCAGCAGCUAGUUUGGAGGCCAGCCCUGAAAAGAUCCCAGGAGGUAGCACUGAAGCCUGAGCUGCAGAGUGGCAGUGAGGACUGAGAGACAGAGACGCUGCCCAUGCAGCCUCAGGAAGUAGAUAAGAGGAGACCGGUAGGUUGAGAAUAAGAGCGGCUAUGCUGACUCCCAGGUUGGGGCACCUGGCUGGAGGGAGUGCGGCUGACCUAGGGUAGAGGGAAGAGCUCUCUUUCUCUUUCCCAGCAAAACCUGCCCCCAAUGUCACCCAGUAGCUGGAGUCUUGCUACUUUUCUGCAAUGGCCACACUUCCUGGUUGUUGUUGCUGUUGUUGUUGUUGUCUGAGACAGAGUCUCACUUUGUUGCCCAUGUUGGAGUGCAGUGGGGUGAUCUCCGCUCACUGCAAUCUCUGCCUCCCAGGUUCAAGCGAGUCUCCUGCCUCAGCCUCCCUAGUAGCUGGGAUUACAGGCACCCACCACCACACCUGGCUAAUUGUUUUGUAUUUUUAGUGGAGACGGGGUUUUACCAUGUGACCAGGCUGGUUUUGAACUCCUGACCUCAAGUGAUCUGCCUGCCUUGGCCUCCCAAAGUGCUAGGAUUAUACGUGUGAGCCACCGCACCCAGCCCCCACUUCCUGUUUUAGCUCACCUUUCUGAACACCUUCAGCCCGUAGAGUCUAGACACCAUGAUGUGGCACUUGAUUGUGUCUGUCUGUCUGCCUUCAAUUGUCUCCGAUUGUGAGAACAGUAAGUGUGGCCCAAAGAAGAACAUUUUUAAAGAAAUACAACCAUUGGGGAUGGUAGCAGAUUCACAAUGGAGGUUCCCCCAGCAACCAAGUUUGGUGAGACCUUUGCAUUUGAGAACAGCUUAGAGUCACAACAAGGACUUUUCCCAGGGGAGGACCUGGGGGACCCUUUUCUUCAGGAAAGAGGUUUGGAGCAAAUGGCUGUGAUCUACAAGGAGAUCCCUCUUGGUGAGCAGGACGAAGAACAUGAUGAUUACGAGGGGAAUUUCAGUUUGUGCUCAAGCCCUGUUCAGCAUCAAAGUAUCCCCCCAGGAACCAGACCCCAGGAUGAUGAGCUCUUCGGACAAACCUUCCUCCAGAAAUCUGACCUCAGCAUGUGUCAGAUAAUCCACAGUGAAGAGCCCAGUCCAUGCGAUUGUGCAGAAACAGACAGAGGGGACUCAGGACCUAACGCACCUCACAGAACCCCACAACCAGCCAAGCCCUACGCGUGUCGAGAGUGUGGGAAGGCCUUCAGCCAGAGCUCGCACCUGCUCCGACACCUGGUGAUCCACACUGGGGAGAAGCCCUAUGAGUGCUGUGAGUGCGGGAAGGCCUUCAGCCAGAGCUCCCACCUGCUCAGGCACCAGAUCAUCCACACCGGGGAGAAGCCCUACGAGUGCCGGGAGUGUGGGAAGGCCUUCCGCCAGAGCUCAGCCCUCACGCAACACCAAAAGAUCCACACCGGAAAGAGGCCCUACGAGUGCAGGGAAUGCGGGAAAGAUUUCAGCCGGAGCUCCAGCCUCAGAAAACAUGAGAGAAUUCAUACAGGAGAGAGACCUUAUCAGUGUAAGGAAUGUGGGAAAUCCUUCAACCAGAGCUCAGGCCUGAGCCAGCAUCGGAAGAUCCAUACCCUAAAGAAACCUCACGAGUGUGAUCUCUGUGGGAAAGCCUUUUGUCACAGGUCACACCUCAUCCGACACCAGCGGAUCCACACUGGGAAGAAACCAUACAAAUGCGAUGAGUGUGGGAAGGCCUUCAGCCAGAGCUCCAACCUCAUUGAGCACCGCAAGACCCACACCGGUGAGAAGCCGUACAAAUGCCAGAAGUGCGGGAAGGCCUUCAGCCAGAGCUCCUCCCUCAUUGAGCACCAGCGCAUCCACACCGGUGAGAAGCCCUACGAGUGCUGUCAGUGUGGCAAGGCCUUUUGCCACAGCUCUGCGCUGAUCCAGCACCAGAGAAUCCACACCGGCAAGAAGCCCUACACCUGCGAGUGUGGCAAAGCCUUCCGGCACCGGUCAGCCCUCAUCGAGCACUAUAAAACCCACACCAGAGAGAAGCCCUACGUGUGCAAUCUGUGCGGCAAGUCCUUCCGGGGGAGCUCGCACCUGAUUCGCCAUCAGAAGAUUCAUUCUGGGGAGAAGCUAUAGAAAGAGGAGCCCGCACAAAGCUUGAAAGCCUGUGCCAGAUAGAGCCCUUAUUCCACAUCGCGUGGUCUCCAAGACCUCACCUACCUCCCUGAUGCUGAAUGGAAACCUUCCCACCUAAGCGCUCUUGAACAUCCCACUAACAGGAAGGCCCCACGUGGCCCCUGGCCAAGCACGCCAGCUCUCAGCAGGUUUUCUGCAUGGAAGGGAAGGUGGGGUGAUAGGGAGGGCAGCCGGAAAAGAUAGCUGGCCUUCAGUUUCUCCUUCUUGCAUUUGACUCCCAAGCCUACAGGAUUUCAUUUUGCCCUGUCUUCACUUUUCCCAGAAUCUAGAAGAAUAAAUGCCAAGAGGGAGAAAGUUGAAUUAAACCCAGGAAAAUAUCAGAUGAACUCUUUAAAUCAGGCUGCAGUCUGGCACUUUUAGAAGACAGAAACCACACUCACAGUCCGAAGCAGUAGAAGAAAAA